UUAAAUUAUUAAACUUUAAGAAAUUGAUUUUAUUAUGAACAGUAAAAAAUAAUUUGCUCUAUGCAAUGGCUAUGAGAAAAAGGAGUGGCUCUGGUGCCAAGCGUCAACACAAAUGCAAGCUGGUACCAAUCUACGAGAGUUUCUUCAAAGGUGAAGAUUUAACUCUAGCUCAUCCAAAUUUUUGGAAUGAGUUGUUUCUUAUUAAACCUAUGGUACCCCAUAUUGAGAAUGAAAUUUUGCAUAUGACAUCGGAGCAAUUAAAUGCUAGCAAAGAAAAUUUGAAUGCAUUGGUAUGCCAUUGUGUUGAUACAUUGGUCGAUGAACAUCCAUUUAGAAUAGUAUAUGCGUUGCAAACUUUGGCAGCAGUUAUCCAAUCCAUGUAUAAAAAGGCUAACCAAGUAGACUAUGGAUUUAAUUUAAUAGAUAUUCUAGUAGGCUUUGAUUCUGCAGAGCAGAGAAUGACAACAUUAAUGCAACAUUGCAAUAAUUUUUUGACAGGUGAAUAUCCAGAUAGUUUGAAAGCUUUGUGCCUGAAAUUAUUGUUAAUAAUUGUUACUGGUAUGGACAAUAUCAGCCAAAAUACCUUAUUGGAAUAUGUAAUGCUAAGUAGUGUUUUUGAGUCGCUAAUUCAAUUAUUAAGAGAUACGGCUACGAGGAAUCGCCAUGGCCAUGAUGUGGUUUUAUUAUUAACAUUAUUAGUCAACUAUAGAAAAUAUGAAAGUGCAAAUCCGUAUAUUGUAAAAUUGUCAAUUUUGGAUGAUGAGUUGGCCCUCAAUGGAUAUGGACAAGCUAUAUCAAGUUCAUUAACGGAGUUUUGUCGACAAUUUGCUCAACAAAGAGCAGAGAUACAAGCAUCUUGGUUGUCCUCUUUGACUAGUAUAGUCGGUAGCAUGUUUGUUGGAGAGGAGGAAGCGAAAACGCAACAAGUUCGCGCGAACAAUGCUUUACUUUUAGCUCUGUACGAGGCUACGCACUUAAAUCGUAAUUUUGUAACUACCCUGGCCUAUACGCAAAGCGAUACCAGUGCACCUCCGUCGCCGAAUAAUACUUUGGGUCCGAAUGCGGUGGCUCCUGGUGCUUCGCCACCCGAUGUAAUGGCUCAACCGUUCAAUUUGUUAGCAACUUUUCUGCAGUACUGUUCAAUAGUUAUGCAAGUUAUUAGAACAGAAGCUAUAAUGAAUAAUGUGAAAUUAUGCUUCUUGAUACUAAGCUGUAUUGCGGAGGAUCAAUACGCGAACAGUUUGAUGCAUGAUGCAAAUCUGGCGUUUAGAGUUCAGUUACAUCGAGUACCUAUGCAUCAUAGAAAAUUGCAGGAUAAAGCAGCACCUGCUCAACCACUUGCAGCCACGUUACUCGAUCUGCUCGUUGAAUUUGUAACAUCACAUAUGAUGAAGAAAUUUCCACUUGAGUUAUAUCAUCAAUGUAUCGGAGUUCUACAAAGACUGCUAUGUUACCAGAAAAGAUGUCGGGUCAGACUUGGUUAUCAGUGGCGAGAUCUUUGGACUGCAUUAAUCAAUUUGCUGAAAUUUUUAACAACACAUGAAAGUCAUCUCAUUAAGAAAAUGAACAUAUUUCCCUUAGCUAUUCAGGUGGUAAACAUUUUGAACUUUUUCAUUACAUAUGCUGAUACAUUCCUGUCAUCACCAAAUAGUUAUGAUGAAUUAUUUUAUGAAAUUAUUCGUAUGAGGCUUAUCUUUACCAAUUUAAAUGCUAUGGCACUGAGGUAUUCCACUAGUGAAUCAUACGAGUACAAAGAACAUGCACUUAAAUUGACAAAUUCUCUUGUGAAUGUGAGGGAUAUAGUAAAUCAUUUUCCUCCAAAGAUAGCUGCGUGGCUGGCAAAAGAGAGUUUGUCAACACCAACGGAACAACAAAUUUUAGCUAUCAUAAUACAAAAUUAUGACAGUCUUGCUUUAAAAUUACAAGAUAAUCUGGAUCAGUACGAGAGAUAUUCGGAAAAGCCUAAUCAUACUGCAUUUUUUGAGGAAAUGGUAACUGGGGUGAUAGUAGAUACACGGGCUUCAAUAGAUCUUAACAGUUUAGAUACACAAAUUAUAUUAGAAGAGCUUUCAAAUAUCUCAUAAUGUAAGAGCGUAUACAUUGCAAUAUAUUUUCAACAUUGUGGUUAU